UCUCUUGAACCAAAACGUUUUUUCAAAUUAAGUUUUAUUCAAUAUUCUAACUUGCCUUCAGGUAGAUAAGACUAGAUAACAAUCCAUGAUUAAGUUUAUGGUAUCUUGGCUAUUCUAUGCAUUGAAGAUAUUGAAUCAGAAAUGAAUCACCGGACCAUUGUAUCUCUUUAAAUACCUGUUGGUUUGCCUUAUGCAGCAAAAACAUAACAGUUUAAGAUAUACCAACAUUUCAUGCCAACAUCAUGCAGUCAGGUACAAACUUGUCUUCCGUACAGUACACAAAUUGAGCUUAUCUCACAUACAUUAAUUCGUAUUGGCCCAACUACUGCGAAUUAUUCAUGAUGCAAAUUUGCUCCGCCAACUUGUUGCUGAUGGUGAUUUCUGUAACAGUAAAAGGAGAAAUACUUCGUUUACCAUGCAAAACGUUUGCAAACUUUUCUGUUGUGCUUCAUGGUCACUCACUCGAUGCUACAUAUCGCACUUUGGAAAACUUGGACGAGCAGAUGUGUAAGACUGAAUGUAUCAUAGAAGGUCAAUGCAAGUCUAUAAACAUAAACAAGGAUUUGGGGAUUUGCCAGUUGAAUGACAAGUCGGCACAAAAUCCCAAUGAUCGUGUCAAAACGGAUGCAAAAAGCGGUUGGACAUACUUUUCUACUCGCUACGAUGAAAAGCAUAUUGGUGAGCUUUGUAGAGCAACUGAUCCUUGCAGAACAGGAGAGCAAUGCUUCGACACAUGCACGUGCCCUGGAUAUCAAUGCAUUGAUAAUGAUGAGUGCCGCACGGGAGCUCAUAGUUGUCAUCCAAAGGCCAAUUGCAUCAAUACUGUUGGCUCAUUUUCAUGUAAAUGUAACGCAGGAUUUUCUGGAGAUGGAACAGUGUGCACAGAUAUUGAUGAGUGCAGCACGGGAGGUCAUGGUUGUCAUCCUAAUGCUAUUUGUACCAAUAAUUUUGGCUCAUUUUCAUGUCAAUGUAACGCAGGAUUUUCUGGAGAUGGAACAGUGUGCACAGAUAUCGAUGAGUGCAGCACGGGAAGUCAUGGUUGUCAUCCUAAUGCUAUUUGUACCAAUAACGUUGGCUCAUUUUCAUGUAAAUGUAACGCAGGAUUUUCUGGAGAUGGAACAGUGUGCACAGAUAUUGAUGAGUGCAGCACGGGAGGUCAUGGUUGUCAUCCUAAUGCUAUUUGUACCAAUAGCGUUGGCUCAUUUUCAUGUAAAUGUAACGCAGGAUUUUCUGGAGAUGGAACAGUGUGCACAGACAUUGAUGAGUGCAAUGCUGGUUUGCACAACUGUCAUCACUACACUGGCUCCAAAUGCAACAACACAAUUGGUGGAUUUUGGUGUGAAUGUUUUCCAAAUCAUCUGAAAAUUGGAAAAGCUUGUUUGGAAAAUGUCGCAGUGAAAAAGACUUCAUCUCAAUCAUCAACAUUCACAGACAGCCAGGCAAGGGCGCUGGCUGCAUCUUUUGGAAAUGAUGGAGACCUGAGCGCAUGGUGGGGGACCAGUGCUGUAACAUUAACUGAAUAUUUGCCUUGGUGGCAAGUGGAUCUCGCAAGAGUAGUUGUGGUGAUAAUGGUUAGAAUCAAAGUCUGCAUGUACGAUUGGGACAUGAUUAAUCCAUUUAAUGUCACUGUUGUCAAUAGGGAAACCGCUAGGUUCAGCACCAAAUUCUGCGUCACCAACGGGAGAUUGAGUAAUUCUUCGAUUGCAAGGUUCAAUUGCACAAUUUUACCGUUUGGUCGUUACGUUACAGUGUUUGUCAAGAGACAGGAUCAAUUGAGAAUUGCUGAGGUUGAAGUUUACGAAGCAACAAAUAUCGCAUAUAAGAAGCCGUCCUCACAUUCGUCAACAUCUACAAUACAAGAAAUUCCAUUGGUUGCCAGCUUCGGGAAUGAUGGUGACAGAACUGGGGAAUGGCAGAGGUGCAGUAUCACAUUGAAUGACAUAUUACCCUGGUGGCAAGUGGACCUUGCAAGGCAAGCUGCAGUCACAUUUAUCCGAAUAAAGAAUGGUGCAACUUGGGGUACAGAUAGAAUCAAUCCAUUCGAUGUGAGUGUUGGGGACGAUAAGUCAAAUGGCGGACGAAACAAUACACUAUGUGUGAAAGAUGGAACAUUGGCAAGUGGUCAAACGAAAAGGUUCAUUUGUCCGAGCCUGUUGCUUGGUCGGUACGUGACUGUGUUCUUGAACAGGCAAGAGAUUCUUCAAGUAUGCGAGCUUGAGGUUUAUGAAGGCCUUACUGGAUGAAUGUUGCCUAGCCUCUGAGAAGCACUUCUUUCUGGUAAAGGAACUGUUUUGGUGAGUCGCUAUAAAAGGAAAAAUAUGAAUUUAUGCAAAAAGGACAUCGAUUUUCCCAUAUGAACGGCUCAGUAUUUUACGAACUGCGUGUAGAUAAAUAAAUUAAUCAUAAGAAAAGGCUUCUUUUUAAGGUUCUUGGUUGAAAGAACUAACUCAAAGUGGUUGUAAAUGUUUUUUCUGUUUACCUUAUAAACUGCACAUUAAAAAUAGGUUUUAUUUGAAAAAGACAUUUUCGGCAAUUAUGGCAUAUAAAAAUUACCAUAGUUUUUAAUGAUUAUUUGAAUUGUAGAAUCGGAAAUUUGUUACACGUGAUUCGAAUAAGUGUAAUAAUGGAUUUUGAAGUUAUGAAUCACAUCUUACUAUGUUGAAUGUGUAUGAUGCACACUGUAUGCGUUACUUCUUAGUUCAUUAAAUAUGUUUUCCUAAAGUUAAGUGGAUUCAUAUACCUGUCGAUCAUACAUUGUCGUUGUUUCAAUGCCAAAGUGUAUGGAGUAACGAAGCUGUUAAUGUCUUUAUCAAAUGUUAGGAAGUCCCUUAGACUUAAGGGUAACUUUCGGAAUUAGAGAAACCAGAAAUCCCAUGCUCCUGUCCGCAUUCGGUGCAACGCCAAUCACUAGGCUGACGAGGGGAUUAAAGUUUAGGCCCCACCCGUUCUGCUGUCAAAACAAACCCUUUUACCAGCAGGGAACGCAAAUUUUGCCAAUGUGAGAUGCUAGAGAGGAGCGUAUAGUACAUUUCAGAGUUUUUAAUUAGGCUUUUGAUAAUUUAGUUUUUCUUCGUGCCUUUUUUACUGAGAGGCAGUGGCAUACUUUCACCUUCAAAAUUGGGGUGAUAUUAAACGGUCAUAAAAUGUUAAAUUCACCACCGUAGAACAAUAUUUCCUUGUGGCAAGUGAAUACAAAAGUAAAACAAUAUUUCACGUUUUCUUACUGGCAAACGACCUUAACGACCAACUAAAGAUUUCAACAACAAGCUCAUGGAAAACUUGGGGAUGUCACCCCCCCCCCCCUUUAUAUUUCCUCAUCUGGUUGCUAAAUUUUAAUGUUUGGCAGCCUGAGCCAGGCCGAAAACCAACGAUAUAUCUAUAAACCUAUUCGUUUAUUCGUGUACCGGCUUUUUGCUUCAUGCAGCUUUCAUUAUUUGAGCUUUCGCUGCAAAUUUUAGGAAAAUUUCCAAAAGACCAGGGGCCUCUUAGAAACUACUGCCGUGCUUGAUUGACGAGUGAGCAAAAAAUUGCCGAACUCUGCAUUUCACAAAAUUGUGAUUUGAUUUAGUCUUUUGAUAUGGUUUCAAAGUAACCUUGCAUGGAUAACCAAAAUAUUCAAAUGAAAUUUAUCAUCGAUGUCGAAUUUAAAAUUGCGACUAUCCAAGAUUGAGUAGCUACAUUUUCAUACAGAAAAGAGAAUCAUCUUACAAAAUUAAGUUACUUUUAGGGCAUCCAACUCGAUUUUAUAGAUAAGAUAGUGCCCACCGCUUGGCUAGAUAGAAAAAAGUUCUAAUGAAUUGCUACUCAAAGCCUAGGAAUCACUUUAUAAACUGAAAUGACAUACAAACUUUUGAAGAUUGAAGAUUAUAUUGUAAAGAAUUCAUAUGAACGAAUGUAUACGUGGGAGAGAUGGCCAAUAACAUCAUAUAUAGCUGAAUGGUUGUCCUGUUUACUAAAGCAGAAUAUUUGUAAUUAGCUGAUUUGGAUGGUUGCUUUACGCUUUUAUAAAAGACCUAAAAGACGUAGUACGACAAAAUCUCAACAAACUCAGUGGCCCACUUGCAGCAGAACAGAUGUGACAAGAAAGUCAUCGAAAUAUCAAGAAAGAGAGACGAGGAAAAAGGUCACGUGGUUUUUCUGUGCUCAACUUCCUUGCAACUCAUUCCUUUUUUGACAGUUUCCAAAGGACAUAUCAAAACAUUUUUUUGAAAACAUUAAAAGAUGCUCGAUUGUAAUUUAAACUAAAGGAAAUUUUGUUCCAAGUUUUUCGAGAGUAUCUAAGCCGUAGCUGUGAAUUGUUUCUUUCAAACCUUCCAUUCCACUUGAUGAAAUAUCAGAACAAAUGAUUCUUGAAGACUUCCUAUAGCAUUAGUUUCAAAACAGAGUGAAUAAAACCCUGGCACUUUUUUCUUCUGCAUUUUUCAUCAGCUCUUGGCAACGAAUUCUUUGCUUGACUAGCAGUGUUCUUACAUGCAACGCUUCCCUAUUCCAGUUUGCAUUGACGCCUAAACAUAACUAUAAACGUGCAAAUAAAAAUGGCCUUUUAAAGGUAUCGUUGCAAGUACCAGUGCUAAUUACACAACAUCAUUCAUAAACCUAGCAUGGCUUACGCAAACUGAGCUUCAACCACCUCGUAGGUCAUUCAUUAUUUAUGCUAAAGAUGAAACCCAGUGGUCGUAGAUUUCCGCACUGCUUUACAGACAAAAAAAUAACACAAUCCUCGUUGACCUUUAAAGCAGCGCUAUGGUCAUUGGAUGUUUUAUCACACAACAUUUCACAUACACUAAAAAUGACUUAAUCAUAUGACUCAUAGAAGAAUUAAUAGCAUUUGAUACUCUCUAAUCUUUUACAUAGUGUUUGUUUUCUCACUUGUUAUCUACGUUUUCCUGAUUGUGCCUUGAAGUACGCUUUCUGACAAUGUUAACAAGGUAAACUUUUAUUCAAUUCUGUUACCUUUACUCUCUACUUGUUUGAAUCUGUCUGUUUGUGUGUUUGAAAAUACUGUACUGAUGCAGGGAGAUUGCAGCAAAAGGAAGGAGGUUGAUAAGAUUAAGUAGUGCACGCGUAGAUUCCACCUUUGGCACGCGUAGAUUCCAUCUUUUUUAAAUACCAACAUAAGUAACUAUCAUUGUCUUUCUGAAUGUCCACUGUGAAUUUCAAAUUUAGAGAUAUUUUCAUAAAAUCAGUAGCAACUUUAAACAAUCGUUAUAAAGCUGUUCAGUGCACCAUGAAAGCCUCUACUGCCCCAAAAAAAUGUAAUUUUAAGACAUUACGGUGAGGUAUGGAUCUUAUGGAUCUGCAGAGAAGAGAAUCCUGCUAAUUUUUAUCAAUUUUUCUAUCAAUCAGUGAAAAGAUUUGUUAACGUUUGCAUGUGAGAAAUGUCAAGCAUGCUUGUGGAAGAUAACCCAUGUGCCACAGCAAAGGGUGCACCUCAAAAUCACUUUUUGGAAUAUACCACUUAAUAGGCCCCUUAUCAGUAAAUUCUAUCACUUGAUCUGCCCUGACCAUGUCUCUGUCAUAUAAAAGCAAAACCAAAAGAACUUUUGAUAAAAGAAACUAUCUGGAAUUAUAUUUGCGUUGCCUGGAGAAAAACAUUUAGGGAGCCACACCCUGUUCGCUCAUACAUUUGAACAUAGUUCAGUUCAGUUCAGUUCAGUUUCUUAUAUUUUAAAAUUCCUCUUCAUACAAUAUCUUACUACAACUGCACUGCAACUAAUUACAUAUAUUGUUCACACAUUACAUAAAAACACUUGUAAUAACAGGCAAUAAAUAACAAUUACGUAAGAUGUUAUUUGCAGGGGAGUUUCUUUAGGAGGAGCUCUCUCAGUAGAUGAACUAAUAGAGGAGAGAGCAUCCCCUUUUCUAAGAUGAUUUUAAUUCAAUUGAUCAUUUACAUGAAUGACAGAACAAUAAAUUUCGCUUCAGAAUCAAUUUUAUAGUUCUGGUUGAAUAAAAAGGUUUUAGGCUUUUGACAAAAACAGCCAACUUACAGUGAUCUUUUUAUAUCUAUAGGAAUAUUGUUCCAAAGAUUUAGCACUAAAGAACGCACAAAUCUAAUACCAGAUUGGAAAUAAUUUUUUCGUAUUAAAAAUGUCAUUUCUCUAGCUUGUCGUGUACCAUAUUGGUGAGCAUCUGACACAGAUUCAAAAAAUUGUGACACAGAUUCAAAACAUAUCAUAACGACAUUACAAUUGAAAUAAAACAGAAGAUUAAGUCUAAUUAUUUACUCAAAGUCAUGUGUCAUAAAUAAUACUAAUUGAAGAUUUUAUGUUCUUUUUUUGCCAAAGGCAUUUUUAAGUUGCCCAUAUGAUUCAGAACAACUGAAGAAAUCUUAUAAUUACCUUUAAAGACUGUCCUCUCAAAUCGUAACACUUAGUUAAAAAUAGAAAACCAUGUUUUGCUUCCGGCAAGAUCAGAAAUUUUCCGACAAAAUAGCUGCAUGGCUUUACAAGGACGUUUGGCCCCCACCGAUCCCCCGCUAUCUAGGCCACUGUAUAGAUUAUCAUAUUAUCGUACUAUAAUGGCUAUAAAAGGUUAGAGGACCAAUCAACUAUCUACUGAACUCAUCAGAUAUUCUAAUUACGGCAAUAGGUAACUGAGUUAUUAUGGUAAAGCCUGAGUUCCAGACCCCUGGCUAUAAGUCUUGGGCUCAGGCUAAUACAAUGAAGUUUGCAUUAUAAACCUCGCUUUGGGGAAGAGGUGUGAAAAAUAUAGACCAACUGAGGCCUGGU